AAAUUAGUAUUGAAAUCGUCGUUAAAGGCGACGGUCUGCCUCAAAUUUCGAACGCUUAAAAACGGUUGAUUCGGCUCUCUCUCUCUCUGUCAUUUCACUGCUGUCUCUCGCGCCGCUCUCUCUGUUGCAGGGACUGCAAAUUCCAGGAAGAGUGAACUACCAACGUCACAUCCAUGUUAAUGCCACGUUAUCUGGGCCUGAACGAUAGCUCCUCGUCGUCUGGCAGCCACGGUCCUGCAGGAGCCCCCAGUAGCUCCUCUUCCCCGCCGACAACGGUGGCCGCCCACACGAAGAUGCGGCUACUGAGCAAAGUGGAGCACAACAUGCGUCAGAGCCAAGGUCACAUCCAGAGCCAGCCGAGCGGCCAGGACAUCAACCACCUCCUGCACACGGCCUCCACGGGCAACGGAGUGGUGGGCGAUGUCGACGGACUGCUGACGCCCAUGCGCAUUAAGGCGCAUUUGUCGCCACCCUACUCCGCCAGCAGUUCCGGCAAGAGCGCCCUCAGCUCGAGCUCUCGGCCGGAACGCAACCUGUGGAGCCGGGCCGAAAUGCUGGAGAUGCUGAGCAUCAUGCAGAAUCUGAACGCCCUGGAGCAGCUAAACGACCGGAACAUGAAGAGCGAGCACGUCUUCCGGCAGAUCGAGGAGGUGAUGCGCAGCAAGGGCUAUGUGAAGAAGUCCAGCAUCCAGAUUUGGACCAAGUGGAAGUUCCUCAAGUCCACGUACAACACCACCACGCGACACGGAACGGGUAUACCCAAGGUAGUGCCGGAGGAGGUCUACCGCGUCCUCUGCCGUAUGCUAAGCGACUCAAAUCACAGCGGCAAUAUCAACGGCAGCCUCAGCGAGUGCGGCAACUCAAUGGACAGUUCGAAGACAGCUGGCGACGAUAAGGAGGACAUCCUCGGCGUGGAGCAUCCCAUAUUCGGCUUUCGACUGGGACCCAUCAAACCGGAGCCAAUUGAUACAGGUUAUGAGACGCCUCAGAAGCCGGACAUGGUGUCCGAACCCGAUCUGGAGGCCUUUGACUACGAGGCCGGGAGCUCCCAAGCGGACAACGCCGAGCAGGAGGACGUGCCUCACAUGCCGUUUAUAGUAUCUGUGAAACACGAACCCGACAUGGACCUGGGCAUGGACACCACCAACACUCCGCCGCCCACGGCGCCAGCCUCUCCGUCGCCGCCUCCAGUGGCGCUGGAUGAGACCGACGACGAGAGCGUCUACUCAUCCACGCCGGUCGCUCCUCCUCCCCUGCGUGUGGCCUCCUUUGCCAAGGACGAGCAGCGACGACCCACGCAUGGCAUCCUGCAGAUCGAUCGCCCACCGCCGACACUAACGAAGAUGGGCCAACAGUUGGCCAGUCCGGGCCAGAUGAGUCGAUCCGUGCCGCUCCAGAGCACCAGCAGCAUUAACUUUGUGCAUCCGCACAGCAAGCUUAUGUUGCCGCGCAAGCAGAAUCCGAAUGCCAGCCAACAGGGGUUGCGUCUGCCCAGGGACAUCAGUGUCCAGCCGACGGGCAUGCGCAUGAAGACGGUGCCCAUGCGGGAUACGGGCUACUCUCUGCGGCCGGAUCGCAUGAUCCCCGACAUUGAUCAGUCUGUGUCCAGUCCCCCGCAGUCGCCGUCCCCAAUGGCUGCUCUCUUGAGCCGCGGUCCGCCGCCCAAGUAUCCGAUGGCUGGGCAACAAGCGGGUGCCUCCACCAGCAGACAGGCUCACAUGAUGUCGUCCCACCAGUUGACACCGCUACAGCACCAGCAGCUCCAGCCGCGGAAGCGUCGUCUGGGUCAAAGUCCGGUCAUGGGCAUGCCUGUGCCGGUGAAGCUGCAGCGCAGUUCCAACAUGUACGAGUCGACGCCGAAGGGCAUCCGAUCCCAGCCGGGGACGAGCGAGGAAAGCAAAAAGAAGACCAGCGAAGAGGAGUCGAAGCAGCGCAAGAAGCGACAAGAGGAGCUCUUCGCCAAGGAGCUCAGCCAAUUGGCAACUGCCAUGCGGUCGGCCCAAAAGGAGAUGCUGCAGGACUUCUUCGUGCAGCAGAAGGAUGCACGGCGGGAGCAUGACUUCCAGAUGAAGCAGGACACGAUGGUGAUGCGGGCACUGCGCAGGCAAACGGACGCGUUGCUGAAAACAGCCAACGAACUGGUUAAUGGAACUUCAGAGGCAGCUAAAAUGGAACCCGACGAUAAGGACGGUGUCAUUCCCGAAACUCAGAUGCAAUUUGAGCCAGAAACCGAGCUGAAAGCUCCAGAAAGCGAAGAGGAUGGAGGUGAUGAUGAUGUGGAGGAAACAAUGGGAGAAGAUGAAGAUGAUGAGGAUGAUAACGAUGAGGAAGAGGAUGAAGACGACGACGACGACGACGAUGAUGAUGAAGAAAACGGCGGCGAUGAUAGUGACCUGGAAAUGUCCACUCUGGCCAUGACCGAGGGCUCCAACAACGUUGAAGUCAUUAGCGAAGAUUAGUAGUUGGCUUUCCCCAACGACCUACAACAUCUCCAAGUAUUACCCCAAAAAUACAAACACCAUUGUUAAUACCGAUUCAUUCCAAUCGCAUUCCUUAAGCUAUAUAUACUAUAUAUAUUCCUAGAGCCAGACCCGCGCAUUGUUAAAAGACUUGAUUAUAUUUAAGCAUUAAUACAUAAAUGAAACCUAAAGUAAAUUAAAAUGUAUUUAUUGUUCAUCGACCGUCUAUGCCCCAAAGUGCUGUAAAGUUAUUGAAACCACAAAAUACUUAGGUAACCAUAUGAUAUAUAUCAAAAUAUAUAUGUACCUUGUACAAUAA